AGUUCAAUAUACACGUUUGAUUUGAAUAGAACGAUUUGCCAUUUAAAUGUAUCCAAAAAAUUGUAAUUUCCAAAAUGAAAUCAAUCAGAAAUUGCUCAUAUUAACAGUUCGCGAUUAGUGCAAACUUUUGUCAGGCAUAAACGUUUUGGUAGCUAGCUCGUUUGUUUUCUUUUAUUUAGAUUUUUAUAUUCGAAUUAAAUUAGUUGUUAGGCAUAAAGUUUUAAAUAGAAUAAUUAAAAAUGCAUAGUUUGGGCUGGGCUUUAAUCAUGAAACGUGGUUGUUUCUGCAGCAAAGAAACUCUUCACAUUAAUGGCUCCCGCUACACAAUUCGGGAAAGGCUGGCGCAAGGCGGUUUCUCACUGAUCGACCUUGGCGAGAAUGCUGCAACCAGAAGAAGCUAUGCCAUAAAGCGCAUCACCUGCCACAGCAUCGAAGAUCAGAAUAUAGCCCUGCGUGAGAUUGAGAAUGGCAAGAAAAUUGACUCGGAUAAUGUCAUCCAAGUGGUCGACUACGAACUGAAGGGACAUGCCGAUAUAGUCAUCAAUACCACAUCGACACUGUUCAUUGUCCUGCCUUUCUACAAACAUGGCUCAUUGGCCGAUCAUUUACAGAUGCGGGCACGGAAACAUGAUUAUAUGCCAGAAGCUCAAAUUCUACAGAUCUUUCUUGGUAUAUGUGAGGGAUUAAAGGCCAUUCAUGAGGCGAAACCGGUGCCUUUGGCACAUCGUGAUUUAAAAACUGCCAAUAUAUGCUUAUCCGAUUCCUUUGAGCCCAUAAUUGUGGAUCUAGGAUCUAUGACGGAGGCAAGAUUGCAAAUCGUUGGCCAGUCGGAUGCCCAGCGUCUUCAGGAUGAGGCCGAAGAGAGAAGCUCGAUUGUAUAUAGAGCUCCUGAAUUGUUUACUGUGAAAACCUAUUGUACCAUCGACGAACGAACGGACAUUUGGAGUCUUGGGUGCGUGCUCUAUGCUAUGUGCUAUUUUAGUUCGCCCUUUGAUCCCAUCUAUGAACGUGGAGAUAGCGUCGCUUUGGCCGUAUUAAGUGGAAACGUCAAUAUUCCAGAGGACUCAAUAUACACAGACGAAAUGCAUGAACUAAUCAAAUACAUGCUACGCAUUGAUCCCAUGGAGCGACCAUUUAUCUAUAGUGUAAUCGAACAAACCCAUGAUCUUAUACAGAAACUAGAGGGACGCGUUUAAUCUGAUUGUUGGCAUUCCAAAUCCUUUAUACACCUCGAUUCCAAUUAUGUAAUUGAUUUAAAAAUCCAAAUAUUCUUUUAAUCAUGUAUUAAUGUAACAUUUUAAUUGUACAAUACAGACGACAAUGAGAUUUUUGUGAAUUUAAUGCAA